AAAAGGCUGUUUCCUUGUUCUGCAAAGGAGGCUGACGCCAGCUGAACACGCCCCCAUCUGACAUCACGCUCUGCCUAUCACAUGGGCGUGACGUCACGACUUCCUGAAACCGAGUGUAGAAUGGUGGUGCCGGAGAAUUGAAAUGCUGAAACUGCAGUACUACAGAAGGAAGGGAUUACAGGAGCUGAUCUAAAAUUCUCAGCAUCCCUUUAAGAACCCAAUACAACUGGAAGAUCACUGGUUGCUUCUGCCUGCUGAUGUCUUUGGGACUACAGUCGCCCUGAUUAAAAAAGUUUAAAACACCAAUAACUGCACAAUGCAUCAGAAGCUGCUAAAGAGCGUCCACUACAUAGAGCUUGGAAGUUACCAGUAUUGGCCUGUCCUCCUUCCCCGCGGUAUCCGACUCUACACUUACGAACAGAUUCCUGUUUUCCUCAAAGAUAAUCCAUAUAUUACUGAUGGCUACAGAGCUUAUCUUCCAUCCAAAUUAUGUUUAAAAAGCCUCUUCAUUUUGUCUAAUGAAACAGUAAAUAUAUGGAGCCACCUACUGGGCUUUCUUCUCUUCUUCAGUUUAGGUGUGUAUGAUAUGAUGUCUGUGUUGCCAUCUGCAAAUGCAUCCAGGGAAGACUUUGUUAUCUGCUCCAUUUGUCUCUUUUGUUUUCAGGUCUGCAUGUUGUGUUCAGUGGGCUAUCAUCUUUUCUGCUGUCAUCGGUCGGAGAAAACCAGCCGUCGCUGGAUGGCAUUAGAUUAUGCAGGGAUUUCUAUUGGCAUCUUGGGCUGCUAUGUCUCUGGGGUGUUUUAUGCCUUCUACUGUAACAAUUACUGGCGGCAAGUGUAUUUAAUCACUGUUCUGGCUAUGAUUUUGGCUGUGUUUUUUGCUCAAAUUCACCCCAGCUACCUCACCCAACAAUGGCACAGGCUGCGCUCUGUUAUAUUCUGCUCUGUGUCUGGCUAUGGAAUCAUUCCUACAGUGCACUGGAUCUGGUUAAAUGGAGGUGUUGGAACUUCGAUUGUCCAAGAAUUUGCUCCACGAGUAAUUGUCAUGUACAUCAUUGCAGCGGUUGCUUUUCUAUUCUACAUUUCAAAAGUGCCAGAAAGAUAUUUUCCAGGACAGCUGAACUACCUUGGCUCAAGCCAUCAACUGUGGCAUAUACUUGCAGUCGUAAUGUUGUAUUGGUGGCAUCAGUCGACAGUGUACAUCAUGCAAUACAGACAUAGCCAGCCCUGCCCUACACAUUCAGAAAUCUUUUAAAUGAAGCUGAGGAACAUGUGUGCUGAGCUGUAGAACUUCACUCUGUAAAACACAUUGGAAUUUAUUCCAUUGCAUUAUUCUGGUGGAAAACUGAUGAUUAAAGAUGCCGAGGAUAAGGAGUAACGUAAAAAAGGGUUACUAUGCUUCCUGUGACAUGCUUUAAAAGGAAACUGACACAUGGUGCUACGACUGUGACUAUCACCUUUGGACUGAAAAGAAUGUGCAAUUGCUGCUUUCAGGGAAGAAUAGUAUUAGUGUUAUACUGACUGACUAAAUAUGUGAUCUUUUGCAGACUGCUAUGGUCAAGCAUUCCUUUUCUACCUAUCUCUCUGAACUUCUAGCUAUAAAGCUUAUUCAGUGCUUCAGAAAACAAACUUUGUGCCAAGGUACAUUUGUUAUCUGCCAUAAUAUGCAUGCAUUGCUUUCAAGCUGUUAUAAUUGUGAAUGUUUACAGAUGGAACAUAAGGUAUUGUAAAUAAUCUGCAUCCCAUUAUAUCCAUGGCCCCCCACUUUUUUUUUUUUUUUUAAUAACGAGCUGAAAUCUUAGAUGGAGAAAGUCUUGUGUGAAACUGUGUUUAUCUACAUUUAGACGUAAAUGCAAAUACAUUGCUGAAAUGUCAGAUUUUAAAUUAGAAUAAGAGUAGGCCAGGCGUGACCAGAAAUGAGUAUGAUGUCUUGUGUACGAACUAAAUACAAUGUACUCUCAAUAGUAAUGUCACUGUUUUACAGAACAAACUUUAAUAGCUAGGUUAACCAAUUUUUAGGUUUAAAGCCCUGGUUCAGUACAUCCUGUAUCAUACUAGGAGACUGCUAGCUGCAAAGUGUGUAAUAGCAGUUAGAUUUGGGCAGGAAACAAUAGCCAAAGUGCAAAACACAGAGUGUUUGAUAAAUAAGGCCUUUAUGGUGUUAAAUAUUUCAUUCUUAAGCUUUUAAGUUUUCAGUUAUUUUUAUGCUGAAUUGUCAUACCUCACUUUAUUGGAGAGAAAUAAAUAGAAAUGAAUGAAUUGUCGAUAACAAAAGCAUUCAUGGGAAUGGUAAGAAAUAAAAAAAAAAAAAAAAAAGACUAUUCAGUCGACAUUUCAGUCCCUCAAAUUAACCUUCCAAGACAAACCUCACACUGUUCCCAAAGGGUUUAUAUAGCACCAGUGCACCAGCCACUGCUGACAUCAUAGCUCAAGUUAGGUAUGGGUGCCUGUAAGUGUCAGCAUAAAUAAACAUAUUCUGUUUAUUGA